AUGGGAGAAGCGAGUGAGCAAGCUACCAUGAUGCAAGUCCUCAACGCUUUGAGAGAAGAGAUGAGGGUUAUGCGGCAAGACCUUGGGGAAAGGAUGACUAGAGUUGAGCAAAGACCUCCUCCUUUGCAACCAGUACGGAACGUUGAUAGGUUCUUGAAUCCAAACAACAGAAGAUAUGGAGUGCCCGUCCAUGACAACCCGGAGACUAGCACCCGGAACCAGCAGACUGAUGAAGACACGGGACAGCAGCACGGCCCAAUACCAAACCAGAGAGCAGGGUUGCAACCAGAUGACUAUGGUGAAGAAGAAGAGGAGGAAGGGUUUGCACCUCAACCCAGAGCUCCACGCAGGCAAAACCGGCACCAAGGGUUUGAAGAAGAGGAACUCCUACCUCAACACAGAGCCCCACGCCAACAAAACUAUAACCAAGGGCCCGAGCACAUCAAGAUGAAUGCUCCCGGCUAUGCGGGAAAGGUUGAUCCAGAAGCUUACCUAGACUGGGAGAAAAGGAUGGAUCACAUUUUUGCCUACUAUAACCACCCUGGUCCUAAAAGAGUUGCUUUGGCAGUAGCUCAGCUCACGGACAAUGCACUUUCCUGGUGGGAUAGAUUGUGCUCUGAUAGGAGAAGGAACGGCCUGAGGCAACUAGACUCUUGGCUAGACAUGAAAGAUGCGAUGAAGCAACGGUUUGUGCCUCAACACUUUCACAGAGACUUGCAAAGGAAGUUGCGGGCACUCAAGCAAGGCAGCAAGUCAGUGGAAGAGUACUAUGAAGAGUUUGAGAAACUGAGAAACCGUUUGGACCUUAAUGAAGAUGAGGAAGCUACCAUGGCUCAGUUCCUUGAUGGUUUACAGGAGAGGUUAAGCUGCAAGGUGGAGAGACAUGUAUAUGCUGACAUGAAGGACCUGUUCCAUCUAGCUAUCCAAGCUGAACAACACAUCAAGAAGAAGAGCUCCAAGGGCAAGUCUCAAGUUUCUUGGAAUUCAAGCAAUAGCAACUACAACAAGUCGGUGGACAAAGGAAAAGGGGUUGAAGGAGACAGCCGGCCUAAGCCUCGCACCACCGAACCCACGAAGGACAACAAAACCGAGCCAGCCAAAACUACCAACCCCCAACGUGCCAGAGACAUCACCUGUUUCAAAUGUAGAGGCCGAGGGCACAUGGCAAGAGAGUGCCCAAACCAGAGGGUUAUGCUGCUCACCGAUGAUGGCUAUGAAUCUCGUGAUGAAGGAGAAGUACCUGAGAUUCAAGAAGAGUAUGGAGAAGUUGAAUAUGCUGAUGUGGGAGAGAGCUUGAUGAUCCGACGUGUGCUUAGCGUCUUAGUUCAACCCGCCGAGACAAUCCAAAGAGAAAACAUAUUCCACAGCCGUUGCACCAUAAAAGGCAAGGUAUGUAACCUUAUUAUAGAUGGUGGGUCUUGUACCAAUGCUGCUAGCGCUUACAUGGUAGAAAAACUUGGUUUAGAAAAGACAAAGCAUCCGCAUCCAUAUAGGCUAAGGUGGUUAGAUGAUAAGGUUGAGCUUAAAAUUAAGGAACAAGUGAGCAUUCCAUUUAGCAUUGGUAAGUAUCAAGAUGAAGUAGUUUGUGACGUAGUCCCUAUUGCUAGGAAGACCAUGGCAGUGGGAUAG